CCAGAGCAACAAGUUAUGGUGCUCUUAUUGCAUCUUCCAUUUUACUCUCUCCCCCCAUUGCUCUUCUCCAUAUUUUUCCUUUUCAAAUGGUUGUCCACUUCACAACCCCAAAGAAAUCUACCACCUUCUCCACCAAAGUUCCCAAUUAUCGGAAACCUCCACCAACUUGGCGUGUUCCCUCAUCGCUCCCUCCAAUCACUAGCGCAAAAAUAUGGCCCCAUCAUGCUGCUUCACUUCGGCAGCAAGCCAGUUCUAAUCGUCUCCUCUGCUGAUGCAGCUCGCGAGAUCAUGAAAACCCAUGAUCUCAUCUUCUCAAACAGACCUAAAUUGAGCAUUGCCAGUAGAGUUUUCUAUAAUAAGGACGUCGCAUUUGUUCCUUAUGGAGAGUAUUGGAGGCAAGUAAAAAGCAUUUGUGUGCUUAACCUUUUGAGUAAUAGGCGAGUUCAGUCUUACCGUGGAGUGAGAGAAGAAGAAACAGCCCUUUUGAUCGAGAAGAUCAAAUCAGCUUCUUCUUCUUCUUCUUCACCAGUGAAUCUGAGUGAAAUGUUGGUUUCACUUACGAAUGAUGUAGUUUGUCGGGUAGCCUUAGGGGGGAAGUACAGUGAAAGCUCAAAAAGUGGUAGGAAGUUUAAGGAUCUUUUGGGGGAUACUGCGGCACUAUUGGGUGAAUUCAGUGUGGGGGACUAUAUCCCUUGGCUUGUGUGGUUGAAUCAAAUCAACGGUGCGAAUGGUAGAGUCGAGAAAAUUGCUAAAGAGCUCGACGAAUUUUUGGAGGGUGUGAUUGGCAAAUCUUGCAUAAGUGUCAAUGAGCUUGCAUUAGCAAAUCUUAUUCAUAAGUUUGAUUUUACAUUGCCAGAUGGGACAACAGAAGAGGAUUUUGACAUGACUGAAGCCCCUGGUAUAAGUAUCCACAGAAAAUAUCCUCUACGUGUUGUUGCAACGCCAUGUUCUUUUGCUAGUCAUGUACUUGCUACAUAAUGGAUUGAAAUUGUACUUUGUAAAACUUUUGACUAGUAUAAAAAAUAAGUGCGUGCUUAAAUAAA